GCAGUUUGCAAUCAUUUUUUCUUAUCUUCUCCAUAUCUCUCCUAUGGUCUUUUCCUUAAAACCCUAAAACCCUCUAUUAGUCAGAUUGGUCUAUCAAUGGGAGAAGUCUCAACUACCGUUUUCUAGUAGCCCUUCUUUUGAAAAAUUCACUUUUGGAUUUUUCUUUUGCUCUUAUGCUUACUACUAGAUCAUGUACUGUAAUUUAACAAGAAGCCAAGGUUUUCCAAUGGCGAUUAGAGUUUCAUUACAACAAACGGCAGUCAAAAGCUGUUUCCAUGUCUCAAAGUAUUCGUCUUUACCAGUUAAGUUUCUUGUAAACCCUAAAGGAUGCUCCUUUGCAAAUGUUUCGACUGGUUUAGUUAGUUCUCGCCUUAGAAUGUUGAGUAAGAUUGAAUGUGUCCGAGAGUUUUCGAGUUUUGAUUCUCAGAGAUUUGGACCAAAACGAAGUAGUCGUAUUAGUAGCAAUAGAGGGAAGUCUAGAUUUGAAUCGAAAGCUUUCCGAGAGAAGAGAAGUGGAGGUAAUGGCCACUCUAGUGGAGAUUCGAUUUGGGUGAAAUCUGAUGAGAAACCAGUGGAAGAUAGGUUUCAGAGAGGUAAUAGGCCUUCUUGGGAGAAACGAGAUGGUAGAAAUGAUUCUAAUUCUGAUAGGAGAAGUAGAGUCAGAGGUUAUGGUGAAACGAGAACUCGGGAUUCUUUUCGUUCUAGAGGAGAUGAUAGAAUCAGUGAAGUGGGAGAAGAGAGCAAGAAAGGUAGUGGGAAUUCAAUUUGGGUGGCGAAUAAUAAUGAUAAACCGGCGAAAGAGCAAUUGCCGAGAGUUAACAACCGGUCAUCUUGGGAUGAUGGAACAAGAAAUCAGACCUCUUUUAGUGCCCGAGGUGAUGAUAGAAUCACUGAAGAAGAAGAAGAAGAAACAAGGAAUCAACCCGGUGGAGAUGGUGAUGAAAUCGUUGAAGAAGAACCAGAUAACACUAGGUGGUCUGAGAUUAAAAAUAGGUUCAAUAGAUAUGAUGUAAGAGAGCAAGGUCGUGACAAUGUAGCAUAUCGAAACUGGAAUAGGCAAGAGAGCUGGGGUAGGAAAACAUGGCAAGAGGCGACUGAGUCCAGCGUGCCUAGGCUAGAGGGUGAAGUGGUUUAUGGAGUAAGUCCUGUGUUGGCUGCGCUCUCUGUUGGGAGACGAGAGUUCUAUGCUCUCUAUGUUCAAGAAGGUUUAGAUUUGAGCAGUAACAACAAGAAGAAGAAAGACAAGAAAGGAUUCGAGAAAGUCUUGAAAAUCUCUGAAAAACUUGGGUUAAACAUCAAGGAAACUUCAAAGCAUGAUCUUAACAUGGUCUCUGAUAACAGACCGCAUCAAGGAUUGGUGCUUGAUGCUUCACCUUUGGAAUUGGUGAAAGUGAAAGAACUAGAUCCGAUUUCAUCAGAGGAAGAGAAAUAUUCUCUUUGGGUAGCUCUUGAUGAGGUUACUGAUCCGCAGAACUUAGGAGCGAUCAUAAGAUCUGCGUACUUUUUUGGAGCCACGGGUGUUGUGGUAUGCGCGAAAAAUUCAGCUCCAUUAAGUGCGGUUGUGAGUAAAGCAAGUGCUGGAUCACUCGAAGUUAUGGAACUCAGGUACUGCAAAAACAUGAUGCAGUUUUUAGAAGCUUCUGCUGAGAACGGGUGGCGUGUGGUUGGUGGUUCAGUAUCUCCAAAGGCUGUUGCUUUGAACGAGGUUUUACCCGGAAGUCCGACGAUACUUGUCUUGGGAAAUGAAGGAACGGGUUUAAGGCCAUUAGUAGAGAGAUCUUGUACUGACUUAGUCAGGAUUAGUGGUAAUAUGCCUAACGAUGUUGCUGUUACAGAGUCUGAUGAUAUGGAAGGUGAAGGUUUCAGAUCAUUUCUUGCUGUGGAGAGCUUGAACGUGAGUGUUGCAGCUGGUUUGUUUCUUCACCACUUGAUAGGCAACAAAGCAAGUGGUUGAAGUCUGCUUAUCAAAUUCCAUUUUUGCACCAAACUUGGGAUUUUCUCUUUACUUUGUAUAACUUUAUGCUCUCAUUGUAUGGUUAUUUUUACGGAAAAUCCAUUGUUUUGCUAUUACGACCUGAUCUAUGAUCUAUCCAUGCUCGAAGUUCUAAUGA